AAAUUUUUAAUUAUUAAAAUCUAGUCAUUUUCUUGAACCGUUAAACCCUACCACCCAAACCCCUACUACAAUCGGAAAGAUAACACUGCUCAACUCUAUCACCACCUAUUCCUGCUACUCAACCUUCAAUUCAUUUCAUCAAUGGCGUCCUUCAUCGCAGUUCGUCCUCCUCUUCCAUUCUAUCUCUCCUCUCUCCUCAAAGUACGUUCCCAUUUCAACCCAUCUUCUCUUCCACCCUUAAACCCUUUCCCCAAAACCCUAACCUCCCCUCUUCUCUCUCGCUCUCUUUCCACCUUCGCCGCCCCCAACGACUACCCUCGUCACCCUCAACCCGACAACCACAAUCAAGGCUGGUACCCUCCACCUCACGCCGCCGGAAGUGCUCCUCCUCCGCCGAUAAACCCUAAUUACACCCCCAAUUAUCGCCAGCAACAACCGCCGCCGCCGCAGCAGCAGCAGCAGCAGCAGCAGCAACAGGGUCAGUGGAAUCAGCAAAAUCAAGGAUACCCAGUUCAUAGAAACCCUAAUCAUGGAUACCCACAAGGUCAAUUUCCCGAUCAAAGAUAUGUUCGUCAACAACAGCCGUCGCAAGCGCCUCCGAGGAACCCUAAUCAGUGGAACAAUCAAGGCCCGAAUCAGGGCCCGGUACAGGUACAGAGUGGCCCGGUUGAGGCUCUGAAUGUGGACUUGAGGAGUAUGGCUAUGGAGGGGAAGGUGAAGGAGAUAAUUGAGUUGAUGGUGAAAGGAGCAAAGGCUGAUGGGGAGUGUUUUUAUGUGUUGUUUGAUAAAUGUGGGAACCCUAAAUUGCUGGAGAAUGCGAAGAAAGUGCAUGAUUUCUUUCUUAGGUCUACGUUUAGGGGUGAUCUUAGAUUGAUCAAUAAAGUGAUUGAAAUGUAUGCGAAAUGUGGGAGUAUGGUGGAUGCACGCCGGGUGUUCGAUCAUAUGCCUGAACGAAGUAUUGAUUCUUGGCAUUUGAUGAUUAGAGGGUAUGCUAGUAACUCGUUUGGAGAUGAGGGGUUGCAGUUGUUUGAGAAGAUGAAGGAGCUGGGAUUGAGGCCGAAUAGCGAGACGUUUAUGGCUGUUUUGUUUGCGUGUGCCGGGGCGGAGGCUGUGGAAGAAGGGUUUAUCUAUUUGGAGAAGAUGAGAACAGAGUAUGGUAUUGAACCGCAGUUGGAGCAUUAUUUGUUGGUUUUGGAUGUGCUGGGAGCUUCCGGGCAUCUUAUUGAAGCUCGGGAGUAUAUCGAAAAGUUGCCAAUGCAGCCGAAUGUGGCUGCUUGGGAGUCAUUAAGGGAUUAUGCUAGGUAUCAUGGUGAUUUGGAUCUUGAGGACCAUAUAAAUGAGUUGAUAGUUGAUCUUGAUCCGUCGAAGGCUGUUGCUGACAAACUCCCUACUCCACCUCCGAAAAAGCGAAUGGCAGAGAAUCUUAUGGAAGGAAGGAAUAGACUUCCCGAGUUCAAGAAUCCGUCUCUUUACAAAGACGAUGAGAAAUACAAGGCUGCUCUUAAGGAACAAGGUUAUGUGCCAGACACUAGAUAUGUUCUUCAUGACAUUGAUCAGGAAGCUAAGGAGCAGGCCUUGCUUUACCACAGUGAGAGAUUAGCUAUAGCUUAUGGCUUGAUCAGUACCCCGCCGAGGACACCCCUUAGGAUCAUUAAGAACCUUCGAAUUUGUGGUGAUUGUCACAAUGCUAUUAAGAUCAUGUCCAAGAUUGUUGGGAGGGAGUUGAUUGUUAGGGACAACAAGCGGUUCCAUCAUUUCAAGGAUGGAAAGUGUUCAUGUGGGGACUACUGGUGAAGGUUUAUUUGCUUGAAACUUCCAUAUCACGAAGUUUUCUUAGUAUGUGCAGUAACUUUGUAUUGUGAAUCUCUUAUUGGAAAUUAGCAAGUCUUAGCAUCAUACUUGGAUUGAAUUUGUGGAGUUAGGGGAUGCACAUUGACACUUAGUUACUAAGAAAAAACUAAGCACUACCGUUGUGCUACAGAUAAGGAUUUUACUGAACUUGGCAAUAGGCAAGUUAUCAUAUAAUUCAGAGUUUGAGUAUGCUGCUGAUGCUGUUCUAUAAUCACUUUGCCUUUAUGUCGUACUCUCUUCAAUAUGUUUUAUCAAUUGGUUUUUGGAAAUAUAUCAGUAUAAUUGAACUUUCUGAAGA